AUGCAGUCACCUCUUGUGCCUCGGCUCACAACCUGUGGUACGUCGAAUUUCUGUUGGACAUCUUAUCUGGCUCGAUCGCGUUAUGCCGGCAUUCGAUUCUCAUCCUCCAAAGCAUCUACACGUGUCGCGGUCCUUUAUCAGGCAUUAGACCCUCCCAUCAUCAAUGGUAUCCGCAAGCCAAAAAAACCAGGUGGUUAUCAGGACUCGGGCGCCGAUAUUGCCUACAACCUCAGUCAAUGCGACGAUGUUAAGGUCGUAACACCAAGCAAUUCAGCAGAUCCUCUCAAAGACGGGGAUUGGUGUUUUCCUGAUACCGAGGAGGGUAUUCUAGACGCAAUUUAUAAGGGCGCAAACUACCUCUGGUCCAAUACUAUUGUCUUUGCCUCGCAUCCAUUGCAGACCUCGACUCAACUUACUUCCUUCCAAGAUGACGUCCGGGUGGUUGGCCAAGGCCCACUAGUAGUCGAUAAAUAUGAUGACAAAAAGUUUGUCAACGAUUACCUACGGGCGGUUGGCGGAUUCACUAUGCCGCGAACAUUCACUGCAUCUUCGCUGGCCGAGGUGGCCAAAUCGGUGGGUGAUAUUUCUUACCCAGUUGUUGCGAAGCCCAUUCGUGGACGCGGAAGCUUCGGCGUCAAGGUGUGUUACAACAAGAGCGAGUUGCUAGCUCAUGCCGAAUAUUUAUCCAGUAAAGACAUGGCCUUCAUGGUAGAAGAGUUCCUCCAAGGCGAGGAAGCGACAGUGACUGUCAUGCCGCCUACCACAGAAGGGAGAGACCAUUGGUCGCUUCCCGUCGUCACUCGCUUCAAUCACCAAGAUGGCAUUGCACCAUAUAACGGCGUUGUAGCCGUAACGGCCAAUUCAAGUGUGGUACCCGAAAGUGAAACCGGGCCUCUUCAUCACCGGCUGGCUAAGGAAUGUGAGCGAGCAGCUAGUCUUCUUGGAUUAACUGCUCCAAUUCGCAUUGAUGUUCGAAGAUUCAAAGAUUCGUCUGAAUCACCAUACGCAUUGUUCGACGUCAACAUGAAGCCUAACAUGACAGGCCCUGGGCGGCCCGGCCGUGAUGACCAAGCCAGUUUAACUUUGUUAGCUGCAAAUGGCUUAGGGUGGGAUUAUAAGGAGCUUUUGCGACGGAUUUUAAGGACUUCAAGCACUCUUAGGGCGCUGAGAGCACUCAAGCCUGUGGAGAAAGUAGAGUAA